AAGUUGGAUGUUUUCGUUGUGGAACGCAAACAUCAUCAGUUGCAGGACGUUUUCCUUCGCUUCACUGCUGUUCUAGCAGCAUCAACAGUUUGUUCGUCGCGAAUCAAGUUUUUUUUUCGGUCCGUGUUCUUACGCUGCAGCAGCAUUAAUUAUCCCUUCUAAAGUCUCAAUCAGUGCCGCAGAAACGUUCGAUUUACUCUCGCGUUUAUCGUGUGAUGAGUGUGGAUUUGGUGGGGGUGCUUCCGAGUGCAAUCUCGAUCAUCCGAACCAAUGUCUGGAAGUAGCAUCCGCAAAGAGUGUUGUUGUUUGUUGAAUUGAUUGCCGAACUAUGCCUACGUUCUCGACGCUGAUUGGGCCGCUGCUGCUGGCCGGAAUGGUCCUGCUUGGUGGGUCUGGGGCAGGGGCCGAUGCUGGACCUGAAGGUGCCCCCCCGGAGCCAGCCGUGGAAAAGCUACCGUUUUGCGACGACGAUGUCGAUAAGGGACGAGAUAUCAGCGAUAGACUCCUCUACGUGACCACCCUGGAUGGCCGUUUGUCCGCGCUGGACCUCAUGAACGGUGGCAGCAUGCUGUGGAGCGUGGAAACCGGUCCCGGUUCCCUGCUGUCGUCCAGCAUCCACCGGCUGGAGUUGACCAACAACGGUAAAUGGGUCCGUAUGAUCCCCUCCCUCAGCGGGGGCUUGUACAAGUUCGACGGCGAUACCAUCGAACCGAUCCCGUUCAGUGCGGAGGAUUUGCUGAAGUCUUCGUUCAAGUUUUCCGACGACCUGGUCAUUUCCGGUGGCAAGGAGACCCGAUCGUACGGUGUGUCGACCCGCACCGGUCAGCUGAUCUACGAGUGCACGAUGCGAGGCUGUCGCAAUGCUACGGAGAUCAUGGAGGACAGCAUGAAGAAUGGUCCACCGCGGGAGGGAACGGAAGCGAUUCUACAGCAUGAUCCCCUGCAGGACGACGUGGUGGUGAUUCGGCGGCAGACUCAGACUGUGCGGGCGGUUGAAUCGAGAACCGGCAGUGAGCGGUGGAAUUUCAGCAUCGGCCAUCACGAGUUGGAGAUGUUGAAGAAUGAGGACUGCCGGGGAGGCGGCGGGAAGGAUACGCUGGAUCCGGCCCUUCUUGAUUUGGAACUGAAGGUUGUGAUUCCGGAGGGAAUGGUGUACGCUGUGAAGAGGUCGGAACCGGGGGUGACCGUGUGGCAGUACAAGUUUGACCACCCGAUAGUUAGUGCCUGGAGGGCAGGGGACAAGAAUGCACUGAAGAGUGUGGAUCUGUUUCGCGGAGCGGAAUGGGUGUGGAAUGGAAAUGGACAGUCGAUCGGAACGGAUGAGAAGGACAGCAACCUAAUGAUCAAUCCGUCUUUGUACUUGGGGAUGCACCAGAGGCAGUUGUAUAUUCAGGAGUCCAGUGCUUUAAUGGUUCGACAAAUGAUGGAUGCACAGAGUGUUCUUUUGACAGACGAGGGGAAGUUUCCGACGAUUCCGUGGAAGCCGUAUCCCGCGAGGAACAAAGUGGCGGGAUAUCUGACCGAUGGAAGUGAGCAAGGGCAGACCCCGGAUGAUAAGGAGUAUGCUGAAUCUACGGCCAUUGCUCGAUCGGUUUUGUACCAAUCGAAAUAUGUCGAUGGCGAUGGAUUCUUUCUAUUUACUCCGGAUGAUUUGGAGAGAAAAGAUCACGAACUAUGCUCGAACAGCUCCUCGAUUCCGGCUUUGACGGAUGGAGGAUUGAGGAAUGAGAGUUCGAUUUUCGACUUUGCAAUGGAUCCAGAUGCCCCGGUCAAAGUGAUCAUCAUCUCGAUUUGGUUCUGGUGGAAGGAGAUCCUGGUCAUAUCUGCGACUACGGCUUUCCUGCUGAACGUAAUGCUGCGUUUGAAGAGCGAGAAGGAAGUGGUGGUGUUUGUGGAACGUAAAGUGGAGGUUCCGGUGCCGAUGGCAGUUGAAGCGACUGAGGAAGAAUUUGCACCACUUGAGGCCGCGGUACGGAGCAUGGGAGGGAGAAGUCUUUCAGAGUCAAACAAUGAAAACUUCACCUCACGUUUCCAAGAGGACUUCGAACUAGUUCAAUGUCUAGGAAAAGGUGGCUUUGGUGUGGUAUUUGAGGUGAAGAACAAGCUGGACGAUUGCCACUACGCCAUCAAAAGAGUAGUCCUUCCGAACAAGCAGGAAUCGAAAGAUCGUGUCAUGCGCGAAGUGAAGACUUUGGCUCAUUGUGAGCAUAGCAAUAUAGUGCGAUAUUUCCACGCUUGGAUAGAGACGCCUCCGCGAGGAUGGCAGGAAGUUCAUGACAAGAUUUGGUACGAGAGGAAUUGCAUGUCCACAUCGAUUGAUAUUGAAACCCCGACGGAAACUUCUCCGCCGAAUUCUAAACUCAUUCCUACAAGCCAGAGCAGCAUUUUCCAAGGAAGGUACAAUCAUCAGAGACACCAUUCCAGUGGCCAGCAACCUUGGUUGACGAAGCUUCCGGAGCCCAGUUUUUCAAUGUCCCACACCGAAGCAGAACAGUCGGACAGUUGUUCUUUUAUCCAGUUUCAAGCCAAUCCGGGCAAAUCAAUUCGAAGCAACACUGACGAUGAUUCGUUUCAGAUUGAGUUCAAGCAUGAUCCCGAAGAUACCGGGGCAGGGGGCGAUUCCAUGGACAUCGUUUUCAAGGAAUCCACACAGGACGAAAUGUCCAAAAGUCAUCACGUUAUUUCUAUCAGUGAUACGCCGCAAAAGAAUGAUAUUCAGCCGCCUCGGAAGAAUCGCCAUCGUCGGCCUCUUUCGUUGGAUUUGACCAGCACCGGUAGCGUAAUUCGGCCAGCUUCGAUAGCCACCGGAUCCCAGAUGGUUGAAUGUAGUACCGCUGCUUCCAAUUCCGUGGCAGCUAGUACCGUUAACAGCAAAAUCUAUCUAUACAUCCAGAUGCAACUGUGCCAAAAGCAGUCGCUCAAAGAGUGGCUGAAAUUGAAUAAUCUGCCUGCUCGCCAGAACAAGAUCAUUCCCAUCUUUGAGCAAAUCGUGGAUGCCGUAGAGUACGUCCACCUGAAAGGAUUAAUUCACAGGGACCUGAAACCAAGCAAUAUUUUCUUUUCGCUCGAUGGGCGAAUCAAAAUUGGAGACUUCGGACUGGUCACCGACUCGAGUGACCUGCAGUAUGACAAAGAUAACAAUCUGCCUGAGAUUGAUAUGAUAAAACCUGAGGAGCGUCACACUCGGAAGGUCGGAACCGAGUUAUACAUGUCGCCGGAGCAGCAAAAGGGCCUUCCUUACGACUACAAGGUGGACAUCUUUUCGCUGGGGUUGAUUCUGUUCGAACUGCUGCAAAGCUUCGGUACAGAGAUGGAACGCUUUAAAAGGCUGCAGGAUGUUCGGAAGAACAAGUUUCCCCCACAGUUCGAGGAGACCUACCCGGAUGAGUACCAACUCCUGAAGAUAAUGCUGUCGACGCAGCCCAGCAAACGACCCACUACUUACGGUAUCAAGGCGCGUCCUCCACUGAAGCGCUUCCCAACAAGCAAAUCCACUCCGCAGCUGAAUCAGCAAGUUUCAGCCAUUAUUACAGCACCGGAAGCAGCGGCGGAUGCUGAUGAUCUCCACCGGCGCAGCCUUUCGGACUGCUCCGACAACAGCGAGUGGCACUUUGAGCUGCCUCCACGGCGAAAAGACAGCCGCUCCACAGUCACCACCACCAGUUCCAGCUCCGGAGGCAAUCAGAAUCAAACAUGUUUCUGAGUGCAGGACGAUACAAAUUGUUAAGUUAUUGUGCAACAACGUGAAACUAUACAUAUUUAAAACCCCCAAUUUGUAGUAUUAAGACAACAUGUUCCUUUCUAGUGAACACACUAAUUCAGUGGAUGACGUUUUUGUUGAAAGGAUUAAUGUAAUAUUCACUAUUAGAAUGAAAAACUAAUAAAACAAUUUAAAAUCCAA